UUUUUUUCUCUUUUACUCCUCUUCAUCUUUUCUUUCUCUCUCUUCUCAUUCCAACUUAUUCCACCUGUUGUUACAAUAAUCUCCUCUUUUUUUAUUCAGUAUAAAGUUUAUUCAUAGACAUUCAUUCCUAAUCUUUCGCGACUCUUUUCUCUCCACCGAUCGUCUUACUCUACCUUCCUUGACCUCUUCAAGUUCGCUUUGCAGCCUUCUAAACUAACGAUCGACCACAAAUAUUGUACUAUUAAUUAUCAUUUCUCACACUUAAGCAUUCAUUGACAUACAUACAGAUAUACCCAUUCACAUACGCAAACCUAUACACUCUUCAUUGCCAUUAGACAGCAAUUAGCAUACCAUUGAUCAUAUAUACCACAACAAAACUAAGUAGUUACAACUGCAAAAGAAUAAUCCACUACACCUUUCAAAUUUUAAUAAUAUUAAAUGGCUGCACACCCUAGUGUAACAGGGAUAGAUGAAGCACAGCAGGAUCAGUUCAUUCAGGAAGAACUGGAGAAACAGCUCGAUUUAUCCCAUCGUCGACCUUAUUUUCUGCGAGCCAACACUUCACCUUCAUCUUUAUAUUGGCGAUCCCAAUUUUCAGAACUAGACUUGUCAUUAGAACCAGACACGCUUCUUUCUCCUGAACAUCACACGACUCAUUUAUCUUCAAUGUCAGCACCGACUUGUGCAACCAACUCGAGAUCCACUGCAUCCUCAAAAGACUACUUUCAGGAACACCAGGACGCGUCCUCAAGUGCUUCCUCGCAAGCGCAGGAACCUCCUAGACGGCAUCCCCAAUAUAAAGAACAGUCACAACCAACCUCACCAGUGAUAUCUCUUGAUAUGAAGACCAACUCCUCAACUCAGCCCAAAAGUUUAAUCACUGACACACAAAAAGAACAUCGAUGGUCCAAAGGAUUGAAAAUUAAUUGGACACCAUUCAGCAAUGUUCGUUCUAGCUCGGGAACUGACUCUGUCAAUGCUUCAUCCUCAAGUAAUUGACCUGUUCGGGUUUGAGCUUGGUUAACUAUGU